AUGUCUAUUCCAGUCAGCAUGAGCUUAUCCGCUGUUGGGGUCGUUGGUGCCGUCAACGAAUGUGUCACUUUGUUUCAAUGGGCCAAAUCUGCCGUUCCCUCUCUUUACUCCCGAUGGAGUGGCUCACAGGAGCAAAUUCUCCAGGACCAUGUGUUGCAGUUGGAGAGUGGCCUACAACUCCUCAGGGACACCCUUCCUGCAAUGUACGACCUCGUUAAUAAAGCAGAGUGGAGAAGCCAUGAACAUGUUGUGGCCAAGCUCCUUCCUAAUCUCAAGGAUGCAGUAGCUGAGGCCGAGGACCUUCUUGAUGAGUUUGGAUGGUACGAGAAGAAGGUACAAGUGGAGGGCAAUGCAAGCCAAUCUUCUUUCAUUGACUUCUUUCAUACCGCCGUACAAGGCAGCUUCAACAAACUGAAUGAUGUCCAAUUGAGGUUGAACCAUCUUUCAAGUCAACUGGAGAAUAUGGGGCUCCGUGGAGUUACACGAUGCUUUGAUAAAAUAGUCAGGCCGGAGACCACAUCUUUUCCAAAUGAAACAAAAAUAUUUGGUCGUGACAAGGAACUAAAGCGCUUAUUGGGAUUUCUCAAUGUACCUACAAUUUCAAAACGCAAGAGAGCAACUAGUUCGGCAAGCACAUCAGCAAGCAAUCAUGUUGGUAAUGAAUCGAGAAUAUUGGGUGUCCAUGUUUUGCCAAUUGUUGGAAUUGGUGGUGUUGGAAAGACAACUUUGGCCCAACAUAUUUGUAACCAUCGACGAGUGAAAUCUCACUUUGAGAUGAUAAUUUGGAUUUGUGUCUCAGAUGACUUUGAUGUGAAGAGGUUAACUAAAGAGGUGAUACAAUCAUGUACUAGAAAUGAGGCAACAACUGAUAAUUUGGAUUCUCUUCAGCGUGAUCUCUCUAACCAUGUGAACAAGAAAAGGUUAUUGAUAGUCCUCGAUGACAUGUGGGAUGAUGCCUUAAAGGAAAAUGGGCAGUGCUGGAAGAGGUUUUGUGCACCUUUUAGAAGUGCCCAAGAUGGAAGUGUGAUGUUGGUCACGACUAGAUGUCCAAAUGUUACUGAGGGGGUGCGGACAAUGGAACCCAUUAUAGUUGAAGGUCUGAAGGACAACGUCUUUUGGAAUUUCUUCAAAUUGUGUGCGUUUGGAUCUGAGGAUUCUAAUAAUGAUCCUGAGUUAGAGAGCAUUGGUAGAAGCAUACUUGCUAAACUAAAGGGUUCACCUCUGGCAGCCAAAACUCUAGGACGCAUGUUAAGCAUGGACCUUCAAGCAUCGCAUUGGAAUUCUAUACUCGAGAGUGAACUGUGGGAGUUGAAACAAGAGGAGACUGACAUUUUGCCUGCACUUCGGUUGAGCUACAUGUAUUUACCAUUCCACCUGAAGCAAUGCUUUGCAUUUUGUGCUGUGUACCCUAAAGAUUACAGAUUUCAUAAGGCACGCUUAGCUGAAAUUUGGGCGGCAGAAGGUUUUGUGGAUCCUCAGUGUGGUGUUCCAAUUCAAGAUAUUGGUUGUCAGUAUUUUGAAGACCUUGUAACACGAUCCUUCUUUCAAAUAAUUAGUAGUAGAUAUGUAAUCCAUGACUUGCUACACGACAUGGCACAAAUGGUUUCAGAGCAGGACUGCUGCAUUUUAAGAAAUAGAAGUGACUUGGAUAAAGUUCCCCAGAAUGUUCGUCAUCUCUACAUACUCCCUAGCAGUGAGUUUGAUGAUUCCAGCUUGUUAAAGCUAUGCAAGUACACAAAGUUGCGUACCCUAAUUUGCAAGAAGGAUUUAAAGAGAAAAACAUGCUUUGUUAUGGGCGAAUGGUGUACUAAACUUCUGCGUAUGCGCGUGAUUUCUUGUGACUCCACAAAUGAGUUACCAGAUAAUAUUGGCAAUUGGAAGCAUCUUCGGUACCUUGAAAUCAACAAAGCUCGCCCUCUGAAGAAAAUUCCUUCAACUUUUUGUUGGCUUUAUCAUCUUCAAAUUUUAUAUGCCAAGAAUUGCAGGCUAGAAAGCUUGCCCGAUGACUUUGGUAAACUGAUUAGUUUGCAGAAGUUUGAAUCAGUUGGAUUAACAUAUUAUGAUGGGCGUCGCAUGUAUCUUGGUCCAAAUAACAAGUGGAGAGAAAUUACGUUAAUGAAGAAUCUGAACCAAUUCCGCGGGCACUUGGAGCUUAUUGAUGUUCACUUGCUAAGUAAGGAUCAUGCCGCAGAACUAAACCUGAAGAAUAAGAAAUAUCUUGAUGAGUUGAAACUGAAUAUGCGGGAGGAUCGUCCCACAGGUUUCCCUGAGUCUGAUAUCCAGUUUGAUAUCGACAACAAUGACAUCGAAGUGCUUGAAGUUCUACAGCCUCCUAUCAGUCUCAAGUCUUUGUUCCUCAAAAACUAUGACAAUAUCUGGCUCCCAAGUUGGUUUCAACCACAUAACCUACCAAGAUUAAAAUCACUUACUUUUGUACAUUGUUUUCAACUCGAGAGCAUAUCACCUCCUGCAUCACUUGACAAAUUGGUGAUCAAGGAUUGUCCAAACCUAGUUUCAAUUGGUGGAGCAAAGGCACUUGCAAAAAUAAAGACCGUCGAGAUAUCCAUGUGUCCAAAGUUAAAGGAAGCGGAGUAG